CAGCAGCUCCAUACAGCAGUUGUUGACAGACACUGGAGUGGAGGGAUUGGUCGGGCCAGCAAAGGACAAAACUGGAAGACGAUAACAUCGUCAGAGCUGGUGGGUUUGAGAAGGGGAUACAGCUGGCGUGUCUAACCAGAGUUGAGAGCUACGAUGCUGUGCUGGGGAAAUGCCUCCUACGGACAGUUAGGCUUGGGUGGGAUUGAUGAGGAGAUUGUGGUUGAGCCACGAAAAUGUGAGUUCUUUCAGGGGAAGCAAGUGUGUGAUGUGGGGUGUGGCCACAGACACACAGCCUUCCUGCUGGAGGAUGGGACAGUAUAUACCUGUGGCUGCAAUGACCUGGGGCAGCUGGGACAUGAGAAGUCCAGAAAGAAACCAGAGCAGGUAGUGGCCCUGGAUGCACAGAUCAUACUGGCAGUGUCGUGUGGAGAGGCUCAUACACUCGCCCUGAAUGACAAAGGGCAGGUUUUCUCAUGGGGUCAGGGCUCAGAUGGGCAGCUGGGCCUAAAUAACUUUGAAGAAUGUGUUCGUGUGCCUAGAAAUAUCAAGAGUUUGUCAGAUGUACAAAUUGCUCAGGUAGCCUGUGGGUUUUGGCACUCCCAUGCACUUUCAAGAGGAGGCCAAAUCUUCUCCUGGGGCCACAAUCGAUACGGACAACUUGGGAUAGGAAUAAAUGGACAGAGCAUUUCCACGCCCCAAAUCAUUCAGUCUGUACAGGGUAUUCCUUUUGCCCAGAUAUCAGCAGGUGGAGCUCACAGCUUUGCCCUCACUCUCUCAGGAGCAGUGUUUGGAUGGGGGCGCAACAAGUUUGGUCAGCUGGGUCUCAAUGACAGCAAGGAUCGGUAUUUCCCAACUUUGCUGAAGUCCCUCAGAUCGCAGAGAGUGAUUUACAUCGCCUGUGGAGAGGAUCACACGGCAGCACUGACCAAGGAAGGAGGUGUGUUUACAUUUGGAGCAGGGGGGUACGGACAACUCGGACAUAACUCUACAAACCAUGAAAUCAACCCUAGGAAAGUGUUUGAGCUCAUGGGAAAUGUUGUCACGCAGAUUUCAUGUGGAAGGCAGCACACGCUCGCUUUCACACCCUCCUGUGGAAAGAUGGACUCAUUUGGGCUUGGUGGUAACGGGCAGCUUGGUACACGCUCCACUUGCAACAGAAAAAGCCCCGCCCCCGUGAAAGGCCCCUGGGUAGCCUCCAGUUCUCCAGCGGAUAUAGACUCGGAACAGGGCUGUUGUGUCAAGAGGAUUUAUGCCGGAGGAGACCAGAGUUUUGCUCACUACUGCACCAACAAUAAACUCCAGGACAUAGAUGACGUGAGGAUACAAGAUCCCCACAGGAAGAUUUAUACAUUGAAUCAGGACAUCAUAGACAAGUGGUUGAACCACUCACCAGGAAGACUCCCACAAGAAAUCGCCAAUGAGAUUGACCUCGUGUUCUCCUCAGCAAGCUGCCUCAAUGGAUCUUUUCUGUCAAAGAGUCAUCCAGAUCACUACAGUACCAGCAGUAAAUGUUCAGGGGUGGAUAUGAACACAGCCCGACUCCUGUUUCACAGACUGGUUCAGCAAGAUCACCCUGAGAUCGCUCAGCAGAUCGCUGCCAGUUUGGAAAAGAACCUAAUUCCCAGACUAAGCAGCUCUCCUCCAGACAUUGAAGCCCUGAGACUCUACCUCACUCUGCCAGAAUGCCCUCUCUUCAGUGACCGAAAUAAUUAUGUGACUAUCUCUAUCCCAUUUGCCAAAUCACUCCUCAAUUUGAAAGAGGCUCCACUGAAGGUGCUGGGAAACUGGUGGUCUACGUUUGAGUCCCAGGUCUUCCAGCGGCUGGUUGAGUUGUAUAAGGAAGUGGUGGUGUAUCUGCUUCAGAUGCACAAGAUGGGCAUUCCUUCGGUAGAGCAGAGAAUUUUCACCUGUUUUCUGGACACGUCUCUCAGACUACUGGAGAUCCUGCACACGGUGAGUGAGAGAGCAGGACACAUCAUUCAGUAUGAUAAAUUCUACAUCCAUGAGUUGGAUGACUUAAUAGACAUCAGAAAUGAUUACGUCACGUGGAUUCAGAGGCAGAUGUACCCAAUGGGUCAUGACGGUGUGGUGACUCUAUGCAGGUAUCCCUUUGUAUUUGAUGCCCAAGCAAAGACCACACUGCUUCACACUGAUGCUGUCAUACAGAUGCAGAUGGCAGUGGACCAAGCACAGAUGCAGAACUUCAGCUCUAUGUUCCUGCCAGCGGUGGAAUCUGUCAACCCGUGCCUCAUCCUCAUUGUUCGGAGAGAAAACAUUGUUGGAGACACCAUGGAAGUCCUCAGGAAGUCUAAGAAUGUCGAUUACAAGAAACCACUCAAGGUGAUCUUUGUGGGAGAAGAGGCAGUCGAUGCAGGAGGCGUGAGAAAAGAGUUCUUCCUCCUGAUCAUGAAAGAGCUGCUGGAUCCAAAAUAUGGGAUGUUUCGUUACCACGAGGAGUCCAGGCUCAUCUGGUUUUCAAACAAGACUUUUGAGGACAUUGACUUAUUCAACCUCAUUGGGGUCAUCUGCGGUCUGGCCAUCUACAAUCUCACUAUAGUGGAGCUCAACUUCCCCGUGGCCCUUUACAAGAAGCUCCUGAAGAGGAAGCCGACACUAGAUGACCUGAAAGAGCUAAUGCCAGAUGUGGGAAGGAGUCUGCAGCAGUUACUGGACUACGAAGAGGAUGACCUGGAGGACACCUUCUGCUUGAACUUCACAGUCACAGAGGAAAACUAUGGUGCCACAGAGGUCUUGGAACUAAUACCAGGCGGCGAAGACAUCAAUGUCAAUAAAUCAAACAGGCAAGAUUUCGUCAGUGCAUACGUAGACUACAUUUUCAACACAUCAGUGGCCCCGCUGUUCGAGUGCUUCUACGCUGGCUUCCACAAGGUGUGCGGUGGAAAAGUUCUAGAGCUGUUCCAGCCAAACGAACUGCAAGCCAUGGUCAUCGGCAACACCAACUAUGACUGGACAGAGCUCGAAAAGAGCACUGAAUACAAAGGGGAGUACUGGAAGGAUCAUCCCACCAUCAGGCUCUUCUGGGAGGUGUUCCACAGUCUUCCUUUAGAGAAGAAAAAGCAGUUUCUCUUGUUCCUCACAGGAAGUGACCGCAUACCCAUUUUGGGCAUGAAAAGCCUGAAGUUGGUCAUCCAGCCCACUGGUGGAGGGGAGCAUUACCUGCCUGUGGCCCACACCUGCUUCAACCUGCUGGACCUGCCUAAGUACACGAGUCGGGAAACGCUCCGGGAGAAGCUUUUACAGGCCAUAGAUCAUAAUCAAGGCUUUAAUCUGGCCUGAUUGUACACAGAAAUGCCUAGAACUCCAUGUCCAGACUGUUGAUGGCAACCACAUUCCCAAAUGUUUUGUUUGGCAGUCUGAAUGCUGCUGUAAGAAUUGAACACUGAGUGGAAAGAGGUGGAGGCCACAUGACAUUAGAACUGAUUAAGAGUUGGACUUUCACAGGAAAUCUUAACUUUGAUUUUCUAGCUUUUUUUCCCAUGCCAUCACAGUAUUUGAUGCUCUUAUUACAAGUUGAUUCACAUUUGAUAUUACUCUUAUAGAUAUGAUUUUAUUCAUGUCUGGAUAUGAGGAGUGUGAUGAAGCAAACUGCUAUGUAGAGAGAGAACAGGGUAUGCGUAUAGCAACAUCAACACCUGUGAAAUAUAGUGAAAUGCAGUAGCACUACCUUUCUGAAGCUUAGAACAUAAUAGUGAGAUGUUUCUGUCUGUACUGGUGAGAAAAACUACACUUUGGCCUAAAAAUGACCAAAUUUAAAUCGAUACCUCUCUGACAGGGUCCUAAUGAAAAUGUGACAUUUUAAGCUCCACUGUGGUAGUAGUUGCUGCAUGACUACUGCAGUUAAUCAUAUUAUAUUUUACAGGAGGUAAUGAUGUUGUGUCAACCCCCUGUGUAUUAAAUGUUUGAACCCAGACAAUGUAAACUAACUCUCUUUAUGUUUGACAUAAGUUUUGUUGUGACAUUUGAUUGAGAGCAAGCAUUUGCUUUAUAUCCAGCGUGGAUUUUCAUGGCUGUCCGCCUGAAAACAAUCCACAAAUUAAAAACUAAGUACAGCCACUGAAUCAGUGUGAGUUACUUUGGGGAUAAAAUACUGUCCUUUAAGCCAUUUUUAAGAGAUGUUUGGAUCAUCACUUUAUUGCAACUUGUUGUUUUUGGGUAUUACAGCAAAAAGUUGUUUUAACCAGAACCAUUUUACUUUUUGCCCCUUAGAAUAAACGUUCUACCACAUCUGAAAGGACCAGUUUAUAGGGUUUAGUGGCAUCUAGUGGUGAGGUUGCAGAUUGCAAUAUACUCCUCGCCCCAACCCUUUCUUUCCAAGCAUGUAGUGGGACCUAUGGUUGCCCUCAGGGAAUGUAAAAAUAUGACAGGCCCUCUCUUGGGCCAGUGUAUGGUUUGUCUGGUCUGGGCUACCAAGGAAACAUAGUAGGUGAAACUUGGUGGGCUCCACAGAAGAGGACCCGCUCCCUCUUGAGAUAUAAAUGGCUUAUUCUAAAGACUGGACAAUAAUACUAGAUUUUUCAAAUCUUAAAGAGAUAAAUGUCAGAGACACACAGAACAUGUAAAACAAAUUUGACUGUUGUGUGUGGAGAGCAACGUUCUGGCCAAACAGCACAACACACGACUCUCAAAACCCGAAAUCUUGUAAAUCUCUCAUGAUCAAACGUAACUUUAGAGUAAACAAAUGUUGCAGGCAAUGGGUGAAAGAGCUAGCUGUUAGUUUUUACACCAAUUUUUACAGGAAAUUUUUGAAGAAGAAAAAAGAAAAAGUAUUAAGUCAUGGAGAUGAUGUGAACAUGGACUGAACAAGUUACAGCUGGAGGUGAGCAAAUUUCUUGGUUGAGUCCCAUUGAUAUAUUGCAUUAAAACCCUCUGAGACUCACGGGACCACCUGUGAUCCUUGGUAAUGAACAUGUUUAAUAUUUGUGAUUUGAAAUCAGUACAGCCAGGAUGAACUUCCAAGCAGAUGGGGGGACUCAAAAAACACUCCGUGCACCACAGGUAAAUCUUACAAGAUGAUCCUUAGAACCGUUAAGAAACUGGGGCUUUGCUGAUCAUUUUAGGGGGGGGGGGGGGG